UGAACCAGGACAAAAACCACACCUUGAUAUGAUUGAUGAUCUCUUAAGAAAUAUUGGAAGUUUGCCAUUAGGUGACAUUCCAGAAUUUUCCACAAAGUUGAAAAGUAUUUAUAUGUAUCUCAAAAACAUGAAGUUGUACAUAGAUGAUAUAUCAAAGGGAUCUAUAGUAUUUCAUCUUUCUAUUUAUGAUCCCUAUGCAUUGAUGAAUUUAUGGGAAAUACAUUCAAGCGGAGAAUUAAUCAAUGAUUUAGCAAAAUUGAUAAUCCCAGUCAAUCUUCAGGAGGAUUUUGUUAAGGAAUGGAAGACAGUAGUUGAUAGUGAAGAAUAUGAAUCUGCCCUUAGGCGGCUGAAUGAAAGAGUUCACUAUGAUUCUUUUUAUGGCAUCAUAAGUGAUGACAUUGAAUGGGAGAGUCAGAUAGUGGUGGACCUAACACAAAGAAGACCAGAUUUAAAGUUUAAUAUCCUCAAACAUUGGAGGUUGAGCAGACCUGAAACUAUUAAUGAUUUAAUAGCAAGAAGCAGGAAAGUAAUCAUUGCAUUUUCACCAAAACCAUUGACUGAAUAUUCUAAGUAUGCUGCACACAGUGUUGUUGUAAAAAUGCUGGAAGCAAAAAUACUUGAUGAUGCUAAGAUAAUACCAGUCAAAAUUUCAGAAAAUUUUGUUGUACCUCCUAUGUUUGAAUCAUUUACUUUCAUCAGUGCCAGUGAAGAAAAUUUUGUUGACAAAGUUCUGCAAGACUUAGUUGAAUGUGAGGAGACAGAAAGUGUCACACCUGAUGUGCCAUCCCCUACAGCCCUUGAAGGAACAUCUGAAGAACUGUCAAGUGAUGAACACAAGACACAUCUAGUGGGAACAAGUGAAAACACACAAUGUAUCACACCUGAUGUACCAUCCCUUACAGCCCUUCCAGGAAGAUCUGAAGAACUGUCAAGUGAUAAACAUGAGACACAGCUAGUGGGACCAAGUGAAAAUUCGUUUAAUAUGGCAAGUUUGACAGGGAUGCUUCUGGACGUUUCUGGAUCAAUGGCUGAAAAUGCUGGUGAAAUAGAGCAAGAAGGAGGGGAGUGGGUGAAUUCAGUAUUUCAUGUCAUGGAUAACCUUAUCAAACACAACUUGUCCUCUGAGCAUAAAGUGUUUGCUGUUGGUGUGGGUGCAAUGUUCAAAUCUGGACUAUUUGACGUGCUGAGAACAAUAGAACCUUUUAAGCAUAUAUCUAGUCGCAGUAAAGUUUCGUAUGGUGUUAUUUUAAAUGGUAUAUUCUCAAUCCUAGAAAGAAACGGAGCAAGUCAGAUACGCAAAUGGGCAGACACGAAUACUGUAAAGUCUGUAGUUUCACAUGAAAUGGCUUCAGCAGUGUUCGAUAAGUUACAAGCCGAGAGCCGUUUUGCGAAGAAAGUUGCCCAAGAGUGUCUACCAGAUGCUUGCAGAGAUUGGACGGUACCGGUACGUGGACACUUAGGAAAUGCUCUUAGUACGGUUUUUUCUAGGAUUUAUGCAUCUACAGUCACAACAUUUAAGCAGGCAACAAAAAAAGAUAUUGAAGAGGUGCAAGACAAGAUAUUUUCAUUAAUGAUGAAGGACGUUGAAUCAGAAAGUAUUUUGCCAGCUAAAAAAGCAUCGACCAUUAUUAAUGGAUGCAUUGAUGAUCGCAAACAACUGGAUUCACAAAGAAUAAAAGAGUUGAAGGAAAUUGUUAGGCCAUUCAUUUAUGGCGACACGCCUUUGUUUAAGGCUCUUCGUCAGGCAAUGCCGUUACUUCGUAACGCAAAGUACAGAAAUAAGCUUUUAUUCAUCAUAUCAGACGGAAUGCCAACCGAUCGGGGGGACAUUGAGACGAUAAAAGGGGAGCUCAAAGAGGCCGGAGUUACUGUUGUGAGUUGCUAUAUUACAAGAUCACAAAAUAUUGAUCCGCGACACCUUUUUAAUAAGUCCGACCAACUAUGGGAAGAUGGUGCUCAGUUUUUAUUCAAUCUGUCUUCAACCAUCACAACACAAUCUCUCCCAAGAACAGUCUUCAUAAAACAAGGUUGGAAAGUUGAUUUCGAAAACAAUAAUACCAGGUUGUUUCUGCUGGUUAACCAUCCUAAACACAUUAAUGAAGUUUGUGAUCUAGCGCGAAAUGUUGUUUGUUCUGGGGAAGUGCUUUCCAAUAUGCUUACCUCGGUAUCUCUGGAUAUUUACAUCAAUCAGAGCACAACUGGAUUCAAAGCGCAAGAAAAGCAAGUUGGGGGUACUUGUUAUGCCAACGCAUCAGCUGCGGUUCUUCACUUGUCUCUGAAAAGUAUUCCUGGAAGGUAUGGUGGUUAUCCCGAAUUUAAAACACUGCGGGAUGAAAUGGUUAGUCUUCAUGGAUCAGAUGGAGCAGUUACGUAUGAUGUUUUCAAAAGUAUUUGUUCAAAAUACCGACUUCACUGUAAACAGGUUGAUGUCGAUGGUGCCAAGAAAGCGAUCACCGCAAACAGACCCGUGGUUGCUAUAUUCUGUCUUACUAAAUCGGAAUGGGACAUCUUUAGUAAGUUCUAUAAAAACAACAGAACUGGAAUCCUCGGUAAAAACAAACUGGACAUACAGAAACGAAGUGGAGAUCAAAAGUUAGAUGGACAUGCAGUUGUUCUAACAAGCUUUAACAGUGAGUGCCUGUAUCUUAUGAAUUCAUGGGGAGAUAGCUGGGGAGAUAUGGGUUUCUUUAGAGUUCAAAGCGCCAAUGUUCUGGACCUUAAAUUUAUCGAUGUCUACUGGACCCUGAAUGAUCUAUUUGACAGUGAAAAACAAUAUUUUAUCAAAUACGGACACCAAAGAGCAGCGGAUUUGAUUGGUAAAUUGCAAGGAUUGCAGCAAGCCAGAUACACAUGUCCUCUGUGUGAGACAGAAUCGUUUGUUGCCGAGUUUACAGGUACAUUGUCAAGUGCGACGUGCCCAUCUUGUGAAGGAAGCUUUGAAUGCGGAGAGUCUGGUAAUAUCCUGGCAUUGAACAUGUAUCUUCUCUCUUUGACCAGAUAGGCUCCGAAAUUAUAAUCAAUGCUGUACAGUGCUGGACAGUUAAUGAAAUGCACAACUUUCUGAGGUUUUAAUAAAAACAUAAAUGGUUUGUAAUAAUUUAGUCAUGCGAAAAUAGAUUUUUCAAAUGUGCAUUAAAAAUUAAGGAUAAAUUAUUAUUUUAUACUAUUUAGUUACAAUUAUUUCUUUGCUUUUUGCGAAGUUCCACAUUGAAGCUUUUAAACAACUGGGUUAAUACUGAAAGGUCCACUGAUUAAUCUCAAAGUAUAAUACAUAUUCCAAAGUAUUGAAAUUCACGCCAUCGUGUUGGGAUUCAAUAUUUCGACAUUAAUUAUGUCAUCAUCAUCAUUAGUUAAUACUAAUGAUCAAUAAUCCAUCUAGUAUUCAAUUUGGUUUGUUAAAUUUAUUUAGGCCUACUUUUAAAAAUAGCUGCAUAUAACUUUAUCUUUGAAAUAUCGUUAGUAAAAUUCAGAAUCGCGUUCAAUACCUAUGAAUGAGAGCAAAUGGCCUUGGCAACCUUCAAUUUUAGGUGUUUAGUCUAAUUACCAAAUGCCUUAUACUGAGUAGGUAGGCCGAUAUUAAUUAUCUGUACUCUCAAAUAAUUCCUAAAGUUUACUUACAAAUAGUAACUAUUCUAUGGCAUAUAAACAUUUAACAUAACAAAUUAACGAUAAAAAUGUAAGUCCACAUAGUUAGUUGAACUCACUACAGAAAACCUUAAUGGUUACUGUUCCAUAUGUAUUUGAUAUGUUACCAUAUUCUACUAAACUUAAAUCAA